UCAUCUAGCGCCUCUGUGUCUUACCUUCUUUAAGGGACUCUCGGUAUCUCUGGCGCAUCCUUUGUCACGCUGAGAUUGAGAGAUUCCUAGAUUGAGAGAUUGAGACUUCAGGACACUGCGGAAGCCAGCGAAAUGGACUCAGUCUCCUUUGAGGAUGUGGCUGUGAACUUCACCCAAGAGGAGUGGACUUUGCUGAAUUCUUCACAGAAAACACUCUACAGAGAUGUAAUGUGUGAAACCUUUGAUAACCUGGCCUGUAUAGGGAAAAAAUGGAAAGACCAGGACAUUGAAGAUAACCACAAAAACCAGGGGAGAAAUCUAAGAGGUCAUAUAGUUGAGAGAUUCUGUAAAAGUAAAGAAGGUCAUCAAUAUAUAAAAAACACUAGCCAGAUUCCAAAUCUUAUUAUGAACAAGGAAACUUCUGCUGGAGUAGAACCAUGUGAAUGCAGCAUGUGUGGGAAAGUCUUCAUGCAUCAUUCAUUCCUUAAUGAGCACAUGAGAUCUCACACUGGAAAGAAAGCAAAUGAAUAUCAGGAAUAUGGAGAAAAGCCAUAUAAAUGUAAAGAAUGUGGGAAAACAUUCACUCGUUACCACAGCAUUCGGAUCCAUGAAAGAAUUCACACUGGAGAGAAACCCUAUGAAUGUAAAGAAUGUGGGAAAGCAUUCAGAUUUCUCUUUUCCUUUCGAAGCCAUGAAAGAAUUCAUACUGGAGAGACACCCUAUGAAUGUAAAGAUUGUGGGAAAGCAUUCAAAUUUCUCAGUUCCUUACGAGACCAUGAAAGAAAUCACACUGGAGACAAACCCUACAAAUGUCAACAGUGUGGAAAAGCCUUUAAUCACAUCCAACCUUUUCAAAGACACGAAAGGACUCACACUGGAGAGAAACCUUACGAAUGUAAACAAUGUGGUAAAGCUUUCAGUUGUCCGAUGUAUUUACGAAGUCAUGAAAGAACUCAUAGUGGAGAGAAACCCUAUGAAUGUAAAGAAUGUGGGAAAGCCUUCUUUUUUCACUCAAAUCAUCGAAGACACAUGAUAACACAUACCAGAGUUCAUCCUUAUAAACUUAAGGAAUGUGGAAAACUCUUGAAGUCUGAUAAUUUCUAUGCAGUGCAAGAAAGAACUCAUUUUGGAGACAAACCCUAUGAAUGUAAACAAUGCGGUAAAACCUUCAUUUGUUCAAGUUAUUUUCAAAUACAUGAAAGAACUCAUACUGGAGAGAAAACUUAUGAAUGUAAACAAUGUGGUAAAGCCUUCCUUUAUUCCAAUCACUUUCGAAUGCAUGAAAGAACUCAUGCUGGAGAGAAACCCUAUGAAUGUAAACAAUGUGGUAAAUCCUUCAUUUUUUUCAGUCAUCUUCAAAGGCAUGAAAGAACUCACACUGGAGAAAAACCCUAUGAAUGUAAGGAAUGUGGUAAAUUCUUCACUUGUGCAAGUUCUGUUCAAGUACAUAAAAGAAUUCACACUGGAGAGAAACCCUAUGAAUGUAAGGAAUGUGGGAAAGCCUUCAGUUUUUCAAGAUCCCUUCAAGUACAUAAAAGAUCUCACACUAGAGAGAAACCCUUUGAAUGUAAGGAAUGUGGUAAAUCCUUCAGUUAUUCAAGAUCUUUUCAGUUGCAUGAAAGGACUCAUACUAGAGAGAAACCCUAAAAAUGUAAAUAAUGGUUGUUAAACUAUCAGUUGUUCUAAUUCCUUUUGAAUGUAUGAGAGAACUCCCACCAGAGAGAAAUUAUGUGAAUGUAAACGAUGCAAAAAGCCUUCAGUUGUCCUAAUUCACUUCAAUACAUGACUCUUGCUGCAGUGACAUCUUUUUAAAAUGUGGGAAAACCUUCCAUUCUCCUAGGGUUGUGUGAAAGGACUCUGGAGAGAAAACUUACGAAAUUUAAAAAGUAUGGGAAAGCCUUCAUUUCACAUAAUUUUUUGAGGAUACCUGAGAAUGUACACUGGAGAGAACCUCUAUGAAUUUAAACAAUGUGGAUAAUUUUUUAUUUACUCCAGUUCAUUUUGAAACCAUGAGACCACUCACACUGGAGAGCAACUUCUUGAAUGUAAUCUACAUGAGAAGUCCUUCAUAUAUAUAUAAAAAUUCUUUUUUCUACUUGGAGAGUCUGCUUAGGAAGAAUGGAAGGACUGGGGAAGAAGGACUUGGACCCAACAGUCCUUUCUUGGAACCUAGUCUAUAGUUAUGAAACAACUUUUAGCACAGUACUUGCUCUCAGCUCACACACAUGACUGGAUAGAAGUUAAGGGGUCUUCCAAAAUCUUUGUGUUUAAACCAGUUUCCUCUGCUUGGAUCUGUGGCAAUGAUGUGUUUCUGAAAGAAAAGUACAUUCCACAGUCUUCCCCAAGUGAGAUCGGCCUGGAAACUUCCUAAUUUAUUGGGUUCAGCAGCAUGUCUUUCCAGUGCUGUCUCAAGGCCAUUUCCAGCUCUCAGUUUAUUCUGUGUAUUCUUACUGGGAAUCAUGUUUAAUAAUUCACUCCUGCCUCAUAUUGAAACAUUUCUCUGUGGCAGCUUUAGGUGGCUCUGACGUGCGAGGGCUGAAGAAGCAGUAGCAGAAGCAACAGCAGAACCUGUGCCCCUUUACCAUACAAUAUCCACUGUCCCAAGAUCAUCAGCUCUGCACCAACUACCACAAUCAGAAUAGUCUCAAAACCACUAAUGAUGUCACAAAGACACACACCCUUCUGUGUCUUACCUAUAGGACACACUGAAACCUCUUAAUUUUCCUAAGUUUCUUCCCCAAAGCUUUCUGUCAUAUUCCACUCUGAGAUAUUCAGUGGUGUACACAUUGACUAUGUUCUCAGCCCCCUCAUCUCAAUGCAUGCUGCAUGUGUACUUCUUGAGGGCUAGUUUCAUAGCCUCCCCACCAAGACCAGCAUCUACUGCUUUGAGGAGCAGUACCGACCCUGCAUAACUCCAGCCUGUGGUGCAUAGGAAAUGCCGGUGUCAGUUAUACUUCACAGGCCAAGGUGGUGCCUUUCCUCACAUUGCUCCUAUUAGGAGAGGUUAACUAAUCAUCUGCCUUUUGGAGCCACUGAAGAUUUCUCCCUUUUCUGAAUUGCAUAGGGGUAGUAGAUGUUGUGCCCUUCCUUUGUCAGAGGCAGUGGCCCCUCUUUUUUGCAGAGCAAAUGGGUGUCCUAGAAGGGAAGUGGUAGGAUUAAGGGAAAAAGGUCACUAUCUGCUCUUUUUUUUUUUUUUUUGGAGACAGAGUCUUACCAUGUCAUCCUUGGUAGAGUGCAAUGGUGUCACAGCUUACAGCAACCUCAAACACUUGGGCUUAAAUGAUUCUCUUGCCUCAGCCUCCCAAGUAGCUGGGACUACAGGCACCCGCCACAAUGCCCAGCUAUUUUUUGUUGCAGUUGUCAUUUAGCUGGCCUGUUCUAACCCACUACCCUUGGGGUAUGUGGCUGCACCCUAACCACUGUGCUACAGGUGCAGAGCCACCAUCUGCUCUUUUAACAAUUUCCAUUCCUUUGUGUAGGUCUGGAAAGUGAUCUUUUCCUGGUUCCCAAAAGUGAUCUUUCUUUUGCAUAGAGACCUAUAGUCUGAGUUCCCUAGGCAUCCACCCUCCCUCAAUAGCAGGUAUGGGUCAGGCAGCAGCAUCCAAAGCCUCUGUGUAUAUGGUGGGUCCCCACUGUAGCUGAGAUUUCUCUCUGCCAAGUCCUUGAUCUUGGAGAUUCAAGGAGUGAAUCCACUGAUCACACAAAUAAGUGAAAGGACAGAUCUUUUUUUGUUUUAUUUAUUUAUUAUUAUUACUAUUUUUUGUAGAGACAGAGUCUCACUUUAUCGCCCUUGGUAGAGUGCCGUGGCCUCACACAGCUCACAGCAACCUCCAACUUCUGGGCUUAGGCGAUUCUCUUGCCUCAGCCUCCUGAGUAGCUGGGACUACAGGCACCCACCACAACACCUGGCUAUUUUUUUGUUGCAAUUUUGCCAGGGCCUGGUUUGAACCCACUACCCUCAGUAUAUGGGGCCAGUGCCCUACCCACUGAGCCACAGGCACUGCCUGAAAGGACAGAUUUUUAUUGAAGGAUACAUGAGAUAUGUAAGUGAAAGAGGGGAACAAAAGCUCUGGCAGCAGAGAGUGGGAACCCUGAGUUGAAAGCCCAUUUGGGCCUUGUGUCCAGAGGUUUAAAUACUGCCUUUCCUAUCCUGUGGGCAGAGGGGGUUUGGAGGAGGUGGAAUGUAUGUUUGGAUCAUGUCACAACCAGCCCGGGCGUCUGAGGUUGCUAUGAGCUAUGACACCAUGGCUUUCUACCAGGGGCAACAAAGUGAGACUCUGCCUCAAUAAAUACAUAAAUAAAUAAAACUGCUAUUGGGCAGAAGCAGGCAGUCCUUGCAGUCUCUACCUGGGGUGAGGCAAUAGAGUAUGUGUGCCCUAUUCUAGGAGGCGCAGCUCUGACCAAUCAGGCUGCUUUUUUUCAUGACCUUGUUUAGGUCCAGAAAAUAUGGCUUAGAAAGGGCCUGUUCAGGCCUAGAGAUGGGGGUUUGUAAUGAGACUGAUUUUUGAAUUCACCCAGGCCUAGAAAAUCAGGGAAUCCCUGAGAAGGGGAACUGUGUCACUAUAAGGCUGCUUUCAGCAAGGUUUGCCAGCACAGGUGGCCUUUGGAGGUGCUGGCUACCAAAAAGUGUGCAAUGGAAGGCACACUGCUGAGCCAUGAGAUGUGUGCCCUGGCUACCCUUACUGAGCUCCCAGUGGAAAAGCAAACUAAGGAUCAAGUCAUGUGGGGCACAGUUCUGGAAACAUUUAGAACAACUUGAGGGGGUGAGUCAUUAUUACUCAAUCCAUUGCAGGCCUACUCUUUUGUAUUCUUGGGCUCUGUUUUGUGCUCUUAUGGAGACAUGACAUUUGUAGUGUGCUCAGGAAGUGUGAAAUCUCGUCACCAUUAGAAUGGGUUCAAGGAGCCAUCUUUGGGGACCAAGAGGCACCCUUCAGCCAUACAAGAUGGAGAAGAAAACAAUUUACUCUUUGAAGAUCUGAUUUAGGUCUUUGAUGAGAAUUGCGUAGAAUCCACUUAUGUGUGCCUGAGUCCUAAUAUUCAAUAAAUAUCAGCCUGUACUAUGUAACAGGUUCUCUAAUUGGUUUAGUGAACAGAGCUGUGCUACUAUCUCUGUCCCUUUGAUACUGAUAUUCAGGAAGACUAGAGAAUACAAAAAUAUAUUAUGUAUUAUAGUGGUCAUUCCUGAGAAUUGAGGAACUUGCUCAGAAUAGGCAGGGUCUGUCUCUGGAAGCAUCUUUUAGUCUGGACUUUGUGAGUUUAUGUGUCUGUUUGUUCAUCUGUAAAGUAUAGUGACAAAAUGUUUGUGAUUUUUUUUUUUUUUUUUUUGUAGAGACAGAGUCUCACUGUACGGCCCGCGGUAGAGUGCCGUGGC